CGACCCCCUCCGGCUCCCGGCCGUGCGUGGGCGCGGCCCUUUUCUGGCGGGCUCAGCUGCGCGAACCUCCUGGCUGUGGCACUAGAUACAGUUCAGGUGCCCGACGGUGACAAGACCGGAAAUGGGGCAGGCGAAGAGCAGGAUAUCCUCGGAUCCUCCACGCGGGAAGGAGAUCCAGUGCCUGGUGGAUCUGAACCCCUUGCCGGAUGAGGUGCUGGUGCUGAUCCUCAGCUGGGUGCGCGCCCGGACCCUGGUGACCCGCUGCCGCCUGGUGUGCCGCAGGUGGAAGCGGCUGAUCGACACCCCCACGGUCUGGAAGCUGCAGUGGGAGAGGGACCCCUCCCUGCGGGCUGCCCUGAAAGCGGCCAGUCGCCACCCCCAGAUGGAGUGGGGCCGGGUGAGCGUGUUGCGGCCCUUCGGGAGAAACCUCAUCAAGAACCCCUGCGGGAAAGAGGAAUUCCAGCACUGGAACAUCCAGCCGGGGGGGGAUGGGUGGUGCGUGGAAGAGAACAAGCACCCGGUGGAAGGCGCGGAGGCCCAGACGUGCUUCGUCUCUUCCUAUUACUGGUGCAUAAAGUCUCAGCUGAUAGAUCUGCUGAAGGAAGGGUUCUGGGAGGACCUUUUGGACAACUACCAGCCUGAAAUUUUGAUCUCUGACUGGUGGGGUCCCCGCGAAGACUGUGGCUGCGUCUAUGAAAUCCAUGUCUCCCUCUUGGCGGGGGACCGGCGUUCGGUGAUCGCCGAUUUCAAGGCCAGCCCCGAUCCCAUCCCGCAGUGGAACGACACUCGGUAUCAGCAGGUGGCCCACAGCUUCAGGCGUUACGGCCCUGGCGUUCGCUACGUGCAUUUCCAGCACAAAGGAAAGGACACACAGUUCUGGGCUGGGCAUUAUGGGGCUCGCGUCACCAACUCCACGGUCCGGGUGAAAGUCUCCUCGGAGCCCCCGUGAUCUCUGCCGGGGAAGGUUUUCCUUGCUGCCCAUUCCUCCGACCUCGGUGGCUUCUGGGGCAAACUUCGCCAGAUGAGAAACAACGAUUUUGUCUUGGAGAGGAUUUUCGGAAGAGGGAGCGUCUGUCAGUGACUGCAGGGUGAUGGUUGGGGGAAUGUUCACGUUUCCUUUUGCAAAAAAAUAAAGAACUUCUAUGAUUUA